GCAAAAUAUUGAAAAUAAUGUUUACGCCCGCCAGCUCGACUCGCCUGCAAACAUGAACAUCUGCCGUAUCUGUAUGGCAAACGCCACCGGUGGGCUGGUGCCGAUAUUUUCCAAACUAGAGGAUGCAUUUAUCGCGAACAUUAUCGUGGAGUGUACGGCGGUGCAGAUCCUGGAGGAUGACGGUCUUCCGACCGCAAUCUGCCAGCCGUGCAUCGGUGACCUAAAGCGUAUGAUUAGUUUUAUUAAGAGGGCGCGCGAUUCGGAUCGGAAACUACGGAAGAUCUUCCUGGAAACCAGCACAAAGACGGACGGAGAGCAAACUGCAGGCGAAACAACAAACUGGGAAUCGAAUGUGCAGACGCUAGCAGUUUUUGCUGACGAAAUUAAGGCGGAGGUGGAUUCUGACGAAGAUCAAACGGCGUUCAAGGAUGAUGGACCGAGCGGACAGGAAGAGGUUGCCAAUGGUAGCGACUGGAAAAGUGACGGAUCGUCCGAUGCAAAACCAGCGAAAAAAAGAGGCCGUAAGGCCAGAAAGAAUAGGUAUCGAGAGUCGGACGACGACAGUAACUACGAUUCUGAUAGUUUAGUUAAAAGAAUGAAAAAAACUAAAAAACGUGGCAGGAAAGCCGCAUGCAAGGUAGAAGACGAUGACGAUAAUUAUGAUAAGGAGGAUGUUCUCGAUGAUAAAGAGUUGGCCACCUACAAAAUAGUAGUUGUAGGCAAGAACCAACUGAUUUGUUGUGCGUGUCUUCAGGUGUUUGAUAGCCAGACCGAUUUGCAAGCUCAUGGUGAGAAAAACCACGUAAAGAAACGCCGGGUCAAUACCUCGAAAACAAACAUCUGUGAGAUAUGCUUCCGACGUUACUCGACAUCUGCGGCAUUGAGAACCCACCUGAGGCGGGUAGCGGAAGCCACUAAAAUUUACAACUGCAACAAAUGUACCGCUAGAUUUAUAGAUCAGUCUCGGCGUCGACAGCAUGCCCACCAUCAUCCUCGGGAUAAGGAAAUCGUUCCGUCGAAGGUAAUCGUAGCUCCCAUUCCAGUAGUUGUGCAGGAGGAGUACGGUCGAAUAUGCUGUGCUCAAGCAUGCUACCAGUCAUUUGAAACAGAAGAGCUUUUAAUUGCUCAUGCUCAUACCGCUCACAAGAUGAAUAAGGUGGAACAAUCUCUAGACGAGAAUAGGGACAAACCAAUAGAAUGCCCCGUCUGCUUCAAGCGAUUUUACGAUGAAAUAUCCUUGCAAAGGCACCAACAGCGAAACUACAAACCACUCAGCCAUCAGUGUUCAGUUUGUGGACUGAAAGUACGAGGCGGAGAAGCACUUGCCACUCAUGAACGGUCCCAUCGCAACGAGAAACCAUUCGAAUGUGAAGUUUGUCAUAAAAACUUCACCAGUAAGGGAAGCCUAAAGGCACACAUGAUGGUACACAGUGGUGAGAAGCCCUUCGUUUGCUCCACGUGUGGAUGGAGCUUCCGUCGGAAGCGCAAUCUGCAGGUGCACGUUUUGUCGCACACCAAUAAUCAACCGUUUCAGUGUGAAAUAUGCCAAAAGGCAUUCAAAUCUAAGGUUCACCUGCAGUAUCACAUGAGAACUCACACAGGGGAGAAACCCUAUCCUUGUCGGUUCUGCGAAAAAGCAUUUGCUGACCAUACUAACAGACAACGACAUGAAAUGUCGCAUACUGGUAUCAAGCCGUACAAAUGUUGCUACUGUGAUAAGACUUUCAUCCGGAAACGAUUCCAGGUUGAUCACGAAAGCAGUCACACAGGUGUCAAACCCUACCGCUGUGAAAUGUGCAAUCGAACCUUCAGUCAAAAAACGGCCCUCCGGCGGCAUCUACAGUCCCAUCCGCUGGCACCGGAAAAUGAGAUUGCCCUAGCUGCUCCCUCUCCGAUGCCCGGUUCUGCCACCAUGACCACUGACGAUGCAAAUAUGUCACCAGCGGUGGCACCCGCCACGCAAGUGGAGUUGAAACCAUUACUUUGCGAACCUGGUCCAACAAAUACGGGUGGCUAUUUCCAGCAUCCACGGAAUUUGAGUAUUAAUUUGCACCCCACCGUCUGAGACAAUUUGACAUUUGAAGACACUGGGUGGCCACCAAUUCC